AUGGAUACCCUGACAUUGAAGGAUAUAAUUGGAUCCACCCUAUAUAUAACAGUCAGUGAAGUCCGUUUACUGAAAGGCACUUUAGUCGCUAUUGAUGCUCAAGCUAAUUUGUUACUCGAUGAAGUCGAAGAGUGUUGUCCCGAUAAUGUGCGUAAGUUGGGAUUGGUCAGUGUUCCGUUCCUCACUAUACGUGAUAUACAGAUCCAGAAAAGUUAUGUGAAUAGGUUGGAAGAUUACAAAAGACAACUUCAGAAAAAUAUUAUUUAA